AUGCGCGUUCUUUAUCGAGCUACAACUCUACUAAAAGUCUGCCACCAAUAUAGCAACAUAUUUCAACCUACCUGUCCAGCUUCAAUCUCUUCAACCUCAAGUAUGUCGACUUCAAGCUCCACUCUUGCACCGGUGAUAUCCGUUUGCCAUGGUGGUGGUCCUAUGCCCGUUAUGAACGACCCUGGCCAUGCCGAACUCAUAAAGUCCAUGAGCACUCGCGUUCCAGAAAUACUUGGCAUUUCACCCAACUCCUCUACUUCGAAUCCUCCAAAGGCUAUUGUAUUAGUUACUGCGCAUUGGACCGAGACACGUCCUCAUAUAAGCAGCGCUCAGCAUCAUGAUUUAUAUUAUGAUUACUCUGGAUUUCCAUCGGAAACAUAUAAAUUAAAGUACCCUGCACCCGGAAGUCCAGAAGUAGCGAAGGGGGUUUUUGAGCUAUUGGAUGGGGCAGGACUAAAACCAGUAUUGGAUGAGAAAAGAGGCUGGGACCACGGCGUAUUCAUUCCCCUCCUCCUGAUUGCUCCCAAAGCGCAGAUCCCCAUCGUGCAAGUCUCCGUUCUACGAUCGAAUUCUCCUGCACAACACUAUGCUAUGGGCCAGGCUUUGGCACCUUUGCGCUCUCGCGGAAUCGCCAUUCUUGGUAGUGGCAUGCCGACAUUUCACAACCUUCGUCUCAUGUUCUCUGGUGUCAUGAAUACUCCUGCAUACAAAGCACGUAAUGAAGAAUGGUCAUAUCGGUUGACAGAAACACUGAAAAUAGCCGAUGCUGAAGAACGCGGUAAAAAGCUAGAAGAUUGGAGGCAAUGGACCGGUGCUGAGGAUGCGCAUCCUGAAAGAGGACAAGAACAUUUUCUGCCAUUGAUUGUAUGCGCGGGCGCUGGAGGCAAUGAACCGGGAAAGGGAUGGGCAGAUCAAGCUAUGGGUUCUCCGCAGUGGACAUAUUAUUGGGAUUGAGGAUAUCUGUCAUGUAGCGUUCUUGUGAACAUGACCGGGUAAUUGAGGCGUGAGGCGAUAUUUUAUACCAUGUGGAUAAUUUAGGAGAUUAAUAGGAUGAAUGGCGCAUGACAUCCGCAUAUCAUAACUUUCAAGACGAUUCUGUCAACCCAAACUUUUAAGAACAUAUAUUGUUUAUGAUGAACAUCACAAAACUGGUAUACCACACAAGUAACAGUCCCAUCAGACUAUUAUCUCUUCAAGUUUAUAACUCGCUUACCCUAAACGUUAUCAAGCAGGCUUCAAAAAGGAAUCACAGCACAUGAGCUCCAGGAACCUUAUGCUUGAAAAAUGCUUUAAUUCUAGCACUAAGAAAAUAAAAAAUUAAAGUGAGCAGAAUGAGAUAAGUUGGAAGUCGCACGGUACAUGAGGCCAAGAUCUGAAAGCAAGAAAGCAAGAACAGCGCUGCCGGAAAUCAAGAGCAUAAAUAUGGAAUUGACGACAGUUCAAACGAGACUAAGACAGCUAUGCAAUCAGAUCAAGGGAUCAUUCAAGCUCAAUCCAUCAUCGGGUACUACUACACGACCCCGCAGGUGCGCCAGCAGAGACAAUCGCAUAUUCAAUACAGCCCUUUUGCCAAAUUAUCGUUUGUCGCGAAGCAUGCCAUUCAUACGGAUUACUCGCGUCCACUGUCAUAUUUUCAAACUUCCAUUUGGAAAUAGUCCCACAUCCGCCAAGUUGGUUCAAGAGUCCGUUGGCGUGAAGAUAAUCACAGCCAUUGUCAAGCUUGCUUGCAUCCCAUUAUAGUCCCGGAUGUUGAAUUCGUCUAAGAUUAACCUUGUAUUGUGUGUAACAGGCGAAAGUCUCUGCCAUUUCAUCGCCAAAAUAGAGAUAGAAGUCCUAAAGCUAGGGAGAAUAAAGUUCACUCUGAGUACGAGCGUAUUGUUC